AUGCCACGAGGAUGCCGAGGCAACGAGGACGCCGAAAAACAAACGCUGAAACAAUCGCUGACGGCUCCAGCAGCAGCGGAAGCAGCUGUGAGGCGCUCGCUAGGCCACAAGGACGCCCAAACGAUCGCCGAUGGCUCCGGCGGUAGCGCAGCAGCGGAAACAGCUGAGAGGCGGCUGCUGGCUGGCGCACUCAUCAGUGAGGUCUCAUGGUGGAACCUCGGUUGGGAUGAUGAGUUCAGCCAGAACCCUUGUGCAGACCUCUCGGUGGCCUCGGUUGCCAGGGCCUCCACUAGGGCAACCUGGAACAUCAGUUCAACACUGAAGUACUACCAAAAUACUCUCUCCCUGGUGUUUGCUGUGAAAGAAAUCAAUGAGAGCCCCAACAUCAUCCCGAAUAUGAGCUUCGGGUUCCACCUCUAUGAUAGCUUCUUAAAUACAAGGAUGACUUAUCAGAACACCCUGAAACUUAUGUCCAUCACAGACAGGAUUGUCCCCAACUUCAAAUGUGACAAGAAAAGAAAUGUGAUAGCUGUUAUUGGAGCUCUUGAGUCUGACAUCUCCCUUCACAUGACUACGAUCUUAGGCAUCUACAAGAUUCCACAGCUUCCCUCUUUUCUGAGGAGUAUCUCCUUCAACAACAGUGCUGGGGACUUGGUGUCUUUUGAUGAGAAUGGGGAAUUGGCAGCUGGAUUUGAUGUUCUGAACUGGGUUACUUUCCCCAACCAAACCUUCUUGAGAGUGAAAGUAGGAAAGAUAGAACCGCAGGAAUCGCACGAUGUCGACUUCACCAUGGAUGAAGAAGCCAUCACAUGGCACAAAGCAUUCAAUCAGGUUGAAGUGCUGCCCCUUGGAUUGUGUAAUGAUCGGUGCCAGCCAGGAUACAGCCGGAAAAAGAAGGAGGGGCUGCCAUUUUGUUGUUAUGACUGUGCUUCAUGUCCAGAUGGGAUGAUUUCAAAUCAAACGGAUAUGGAUAAUUGUUUCAAAUGCCAAGAAGGUCAGUUUCCAAACCACAACAGAGAUCAAUGCAUUCCCAAGAGACAAAAUUUUCUUUCCUACGCAGAGCCUUUGGGAUUCGCACUAGCUGCCUUAGCUCUGCUCUUUGCUCUGGUCACAGCCUUGGUCCUUGGCGUCUUCUCUAAGAACGGGGACACUCCCAUUGUCAAAGCCAACAACCGGGACCUCACCUACACUCUGCUCCUUGCCCUGUUGCUCUGCUUCCUCUGCUCCUUGCUCUUCAUUGGCCAGCCUCACCCAGUGAGCUGCUCUUUACGACAAACGGCCUUUGGCAUCAUCUUCUCCAUUGCGGUGUCUUGUGUCUUGGCCAAAACCAUCACGGUGGUUCUGGCCUUCAUGGCCACCAAACCAGGAUCCAGGAUGAGGAAAUGGGUGGGGAAAUCUCUGGCCAACUCUCUUCUUCUGGCUUGCUGCUCCCUUCAGGCCACUAUUUGUGCUGUUUGGCUCUGUACGGCUCCUCCCUUCCCAGAUGUGGACAUGAACUCUCUGGCGGAGGAAAUCAUCGUGGAAUGCAACGAAGGCUCUGCCACCAUGUUUUAUUGUGUUCUGGGGUACCUGGGAUUCCUGGCCAUUGUCAGCUUCACGGUCGCUUUCCUGGCCAGGAAGUUGCCAGACAGUUUCAACGAAGCCAAGUUCAUCACUUUCAGCAUGUUGGUGUUCUGCAGCGUUUGGCUGUCCUUUGUUCCCUCUUAUCUGAGCACCAAAGGAAAGCAGAUGGUGGCUGUGGAGAUCUUCUGCAUCUUGGCCUCCAGUGCAGGCUUGCUCGCUUGCAUCUUCUUCCCCAAAUUGUACAUAAUCCUUCUGAGGCCCGACUUGAACAGCAAAGAACACUUGAUUCGGAGGAGCAAAUAA